AUGGGUAUACUUAUAUCUUGCUGUAGACCGUCAGCGUCGGAAGUUUUAACACCAGAUGCUGAAACCAGGCGCAGACAGCAAGUGGAGGCUGCAGAGAAAAGGCGUGCUGAGGAAGCAGCCCGCGGUGUGAAGGACCCAGAGAGGGUGAAGAAAAUGCAGCAGAGGGCUGAGGAGAUGGAACGUAGAGAGCAGGAGCUACAGAAGGAUGGUGGAGCGACACUGAAGUGGACGGCCGAC